ACUCUCCUCACCCACUUCACUACGCUCCCUCCCACUCCAAGUUCAAAACCCUCCUCCUAGCAGAUAUCCUCCCCUCGAUCCACUUCAAAGUUAGUUGGAGCUUCAAAGUUAGCGGCGAUGGAGAGCUAUGGCGGCCGGAAGCGCGCGUGGAAGAAGGGCCCGACGCGGGGGAAGGGCGGCCCGCAGAACGCGGCGUGCGAGUACCGCGGCGUGCGGCAGCGGACGUGGGGCAAGUGGGUGGCCGAGAUCCGCGAGCCCAACAAGCGCACCCGCCUCUGGCUCGGCUCCUUCGCCACCGCCGAGGAGGCCGCGCUCGCCUACGACGAGGCCGCGCGCCGGCUCUACGGGCCCGACGCCUUCCUCAACCUCCCCCACCUCCGCGCCUCCGUCACCGCCGCCGCCGCCGCGCACCAGCGCCUCAGGUGGCUCCCGGCCUCCGCCAGGGGCGCCGCCGUCCCGGCCUACGGCCUCCUCAACCUCAACGCGCAGCACAACGUGCACGUCAUCCACCAGAGGCUGCAGGAGCUCAAGAACGGCGGCGCGUCGCCCACCAAGCCGCCGCAGGGCGGCGCCAGAGUUACUACCCCCCACCAGCUCGUCCCGCCUCUCCCGGCGUCCACCGACACCAACGGCGGCGGCGUCGCUGCCCACGCGGCUCUGCCGCCGCCGCCCAUGUCCUGCUUCCAGGCCCUGGAGCAGGCGGUGGACACGGCCACGAUGGCGGCCGACGACGGCGACACCGAGCCGGGCGAGGGCGCCUGCCCCGGCGCGGACAAGCCCCAGCUCGACCUCAGGGAGUUCUUGCAGCAGAUCGGCGUGCUCAAGGACGAGGACGGCGCGGCCACCAAAGGCAGCUUCCACGGUGAUGCCGAGGUUGGCUUCGGCGGCAACGGCGAGUUCGACUGGGACGCGCUGGCCGCGGACCUCAACGACAUCGCAGGAGGCCACGGCGGCGUGAACGGAGGGUUCCAGAUGGACGAUCUGCAUGAGGUCGACCAGUUCGGAAGCUGCCUUCCCAUCCCUGUCUGGGACGUGUAAUCAUAUCUGAGUCCAUGCAAUGUCCUUCCUAUCUCUGAUCUAUCUGCAUGCACAUUGGACCUCUUGUUACUUUUACCUUUCAAGUUCAUGUACGAAUCUGAUUCUGGGUGAUAAGUUUGGCACGAUGAACUUUCAUCAA